AUGGGGUCUCUGCAGGGGCAGGGAGCAGGCUGUAAGCGGUGGAAGGUGGGGGACAACUCAGAAGCCCUGGGAGCAUCUCCAGCAGCUCCUCAACCGAAUGUGGCAGGGUUGGGGCCCAGGCCCUCCAACCUGCUGCACCUGGAGAAGCAUCAGGCCCUGGGCCCAACCCUGCUGCUCCUCCAGCUUCUGAAGGUUGAACCUGGAGGCACAGGACGACAGUUACUGGAGAUGUUCAGAGCUCCACUGCUGACGCUUCCCCGGGGGCCCCAGUACCUGCAGCAUGGCUGGGAAGCAGCCUACCAGGGCCACAGGAGAAAGGUCCAGGAGGUCCGGCCGCUUGUGGACACAAGUGCCCCACUGACCCUCAGCCACCUGCACCUGAAACUCAAGAAGCUGAAGCUGGAGGAGCAGCGGCUCUCGGUCAUCGACAGGGACAACCGCCUGCUGCUGGAGAAGAUCUCCCGCAUCAUGAGGAGCAGGGCGCAGCUGGACAGCAGACAUGACCCCACACAGUGCAGCCUGAACAGGGGAAGAAAGACCUUUGUGGAAUGCAAAGAGAGGCCAAGAUCCUCCUGGAGAGGGUCACAGACUCAGAGUCAUCAUAUUCAGUGCAAAGCUGGAAGGAGAAGAGAGCAAACAGGGCCAACAAGAUGCCACCUGCAAGGCUCCUUUGGAAUGCAGGCUCCGAGGGAAAAGCAGGAACUGAAACUGAAAUUUGCAAAGCCACCUCAAAGCUUGGACCCCAAAGUGAAGAGGCAGCAAAGGCUGAGGGGUCAGAAGACAAGUGUCCUAGGAAAAGCCCCCUUGCAACAGGGAAGGGGAAGUGAGGUGCCCCUGCACGCACCAAGGUCACAGCAGCAGUCUAAGGUCUGGCCGAAGGUACACCAGUGAGCCCCCAGAAACAUGGUGGGCAGUCGCCAGCUGUGCAAGAGGCCACUCUCUCAAACUGCUCACACACUGCUGACAGCGUGAUGCAGCAAGCCUGUUUCCGUGCUUCUUAGGCUGAUAGCUAAAAACAAAUUAUGCAGAGUAAUCUUUGGUGUUAUGGGAUUGUGAGCUGGA